GCGUGCGCUUGUUGUUUCCGGGGGAAGCUUUGUGCGGCGGACUCGAGCAGCCAAACGAAAGAUGGCGGAGUACCUGCGAGUGCUGCGGCGGGGGUUUGAGCAGAUCCGGGCGCGGGGAGUGUUUGGCUCCUUCUGGGAGCUGCUCAGGUCUGCUGAAUUAAAAACUGGUGCCCUUGUUGGUGUGGACAAAUAUGGCAAUAAAUAUUAUGAAGACAAACGUAAUUUUUUUGGACGUCACCGGUGGGUCGAUUACACAUCUGAGAUGAAUGGAAAAUAUACUUAUUGGAAUUUGGAUGGAAGCAUGGUGCCCCCUGAAUGGCAUCGCUGGCUGCAUUCCAUGACAGAGAAUCCUCCUACCACUCACCCUCCUGCUGCUCAUAAAUUUAUAUGGGAAAAUCACCAGUUCAACCUGAGUGCCACUCCAGGACAAUAUGUACCAUACUCUACCACUCGCAAGAAGAUAGAGGAGUGGGUUCCUCCUCCAUCAUCUAAGCUUUAAAAAAACAAUACCAGUUUUAUGGUUCCAGAGAUGAUAUUUAAUAAACCUAAAUUUCUUUCAAAAGUGA